CUCUCAGCAUCUCAGCUUUUGGGACGGACUGCGCUUGCUUUUCCUUCACCGCGGCUGGCUGGAGCUGGACCCACAUGAAGAGCAGAGGGGACGAGCGAGGGUGAAGACAGAAUAGAAACUGCCCAGCCUCGCCUCCUUCAAGGAUCCGCCUGCUAGCCCACUGCUACUCCACUCUCCCCAUCCCUACCCCCACCGCCUGCCUGCAGCCUGCAGGGCGCGCCUCCUCCUCCAACCUCCACCCCCCGCUGCUCGGCUCGGCGCGUGUGACCACCCCGGCAUUAACUGCCCGCAUUGGUGGUUUCCCGGGGUGGUUGGAUUAGGUUGCUGGCCCUGCCCAAAAGCAGGGCUGCAACGCGCAGCUCUUUUGGUUUCGGAGAGAGGGCUGGGCCGGCUGGGAGGGGAGACGGGGACGGAGAGCGCGGCCAUGGCCUGACUGCCUGAGCUCUUCCGGGGUUGGCGGUGGUUGCGCGUCAGCUUCCCUGUCUGUGGCGCUCCGCUUCGCUCCUGGGCACGCAGCUCGGCGCUCCGGGAGGAGGUGGGAUGGCGUCCAUGAAGCUCGGCGCCAAGCCCGACGCCUUCAAGAGGCAAGGCCAGGCAUGGUUCUGCACAACAGGACUUCCUAGCGAUGUUACUGUUGAGGUUGGGGAUAUGUCCUUUCACCUUCACAAGUUCCCUUUGCUUUCAAAAAGUGCCUUUCUCGCACGAUUGAUAGAAGAGAAUGCAGACCAAGAAGAGUGUGUCAUAAAACUAAAUGACAUUCCUGGGGGUGCCAAGUCAUUUGAGCUAGUCGCAAGGUUCUGCUAUGGUGUGAAAAUAGAGCUUUCUCCUGCAAAUGUUGUGUACCUACGAUGUGCAUCUGAGCAUCUAAAAAUGACUGAAGUAGCUGAGGACAACUUGAUUGCACAGUCAGAAAUGUUCCUCAACCAAGUGGUUCUUCGCAACUGGAAAGAUUCCUUGACAGCAUUGGAUACAUGCGAUGACCUACUCCCUCAUGCUGAAGACCUUCAGAUUGUGAAGAGAUGCAUCGAGUCGUUAGCAUCCAAAGCUACUACUGAUCCAAACCUCUUUGGAUGGCCGAUAAGGGAACAUGGCAUCAUGCAAAGCCCUGGUGGCAGUGUAUUAUGGAAUGGGAUCAGUACAGGUGCAAGGCCCAGAAACUUCAAUGCAGACUGGUGGUAUGCUGAUGCUUCAUCAUUGAGCUUCCCCAUGUACAAGAGAUUAAUUUCCACCAUGGAGUCCCGAGGCAUCCGACCUGAGAUAAUUGCUGGUUCUUUGACGUACUACGCCAAGAAGUAUCUCCCAGGAAUCAAUAGGCGUCAUAGCAUGGGCGCGGUGCCUCUUACUGCUGCUCUAUCUGAGGUUGAACAGAAAAACUUGCUUGAGGAAAUUGAUAGGCUAUUGCCCGUUCAAAAGGGUAUAGCAUCAACCAAUGUUCUUCUUGGGCUCCUUCGCACAGCCAUGAUUCUGAAAGCCAGCCCCACGUGCAUCUCCAACUUAGAGAAACGAAUUGGCAUGCAACUGGACCAGGCCACUCUGGAGGAUCUACUGCUGCCAAAUUUCUCCUACACAAUGGAAACUCUGUACAAUGUUGAGUGUGUUCACAGGAUUCUUGAUCAUUUCUUGGCAAUGGACCAGGCUAAUGGUGGCGAGUCCCCAUGCUUGGAUGAUGUGAUGGCAUCCCCAUCCUUGACACCAAUCACAAGUGUUGCCAAGCUAAUUGACGGCUAUCUUGCAGAAAUUGCACCAGAUAUCAAUUUGAAGCUUCCUAAAUUCCAGGCUUUGGCGUCUGCUGUCCCUGAGUAUGCUCGGCCAUUGGAUGAUGGGCUUUAUCGUGCCAUUGAUAUAUACUUGAAGGCACACUCCUGGCUAUCAGAAGCUGAAAGGGAGCAGCUUUGCCGGUUGUUGGACUGCCAGAAGCUCUCCCUGGAAGCAUGUACCCACGCGGCCCAGAACGAGAGGCUGCCGCUGCGAGUGGUGGUGCAAGUCCUCUUCUUCGAGCAGCUCCAGCUACGAACCUCGAUCGCAGGGUGCCUGCUGGUCUCCGACAACCUUGAGGGGUCCAGGCCCCUGAGGAGCGGCGUUGCAACAUCCGGCGAGGCCGGGGGCUGGGCCACGGCAGUCCGGGAGAACCAGGUUUUGAAGGUGGGUAUGGACAACAUGCGGAUGCGACUGGCUGAGCUGGAGAAGGAGUGUUCGAGCAUGCGGCAGGAGAUCGAGAAGCUGGGUGGGCGCAGCAGCAAGGGUGGUGGCGGCGGGUGGGCCUCCCGAGUCGUGCCCCGGCGGCUCGGCCUGAAGGUGAGGUCGCAGAUGUGCAGCGCGCAGGAGGGCUCUGUCAGCGAGCGGCAGCGGAGCAUGAGCGCCAAGCUCGACAAGCUGCAGGCCAAGGUGACGAAGCAUAAGAAGCAGCUGGCUGCGGAUGCCUGAAGUGAAGUCCUGGAGGCCCCGGCUUCACAGCCUGACCUUGUAAUUUAGCCUUCUGUUAAUCUCUUUUGCAUCUUUUGUUGCCUUUAGCUGCUAGGCUAAACGUCUGAAGUGCAGUGGUUAAGUCCGUGGGUGAGAAUCCGAAGUGCUCCCGUGUUUUGACUGAAGUAGCAGCUGUGAUCAGUAGCUGUAACUGUAAGGACUUCGUCUGCUUACUUGGCAAACGUGAUCUGUGCAUUUCAGUUGUUACUGCUAUAUGUUUAUGCGCAGAGCAUUGGCCACUUUGAAUUGUUUGCCUUUGCCUGUAUUUUGAUCUGCCAGCUUCAAAUGGCUGGACAGUUCGAUUAUUCUGCAUAAUGUUCAGACACAGAA